AUGGAUUCAUAUGACGGCUAUGGCUCCCCGGGCAGGAGUCGCGAUGGCGACUCCUACUCAUAUCGUCGCAGGUCACCUGCAUCACAGGAUCGCCGUCGUGGCGGCCGUGGUCGUUCCCGCUCCCCUCCUAUGAUCGACCGCUACGAACCUCGCUCUUCUCGAGAUGACUAUUAUGGUUCUGGGCGUGACUAUCCUUCCAGAGACCGUGAUGAGCGUCGCCGCGUUCCCUCCCCAAAUGUCGCAAAUAUCGAUCGUUAUGUUCCCGGACAGGACUCUGGCAAGCGCCCCAUUCCAACAAACCCACUCCCGAACCCUCUCACACUUGAUUUUCAGGUGGGGUUCAAUUGGUUUGCCGAGUGGUGGAGAGCGGAGCAGGCUAUCAAAGAAGAAAAGGAACGGGCGAAACACGGCGGGCGCCGCCCGUCGGACCGUGUCAAGGGAGAGCGUGAGGCUCGAGAAGACAGGGAAAAGGAGAGAGCGCAGAUCCAGGCUGCCUACGAUGCAUACAAGGCAGAGUUGCAGGUCAAGUUGGCUCGGCAGUUCGUGCAGCAACAUCGCGGGGAGGAAUGGUUCAAAGAGCGCUAUGUGCCCGAGGUCAGAGACCCUCUUCGCCGACGUUUGAUGGAUUUCCGCCGAGGGGCAUAUGAGCAGUGGGAACGGGACAUUGAUUCAGGGCUUUUCGAUGAAUUUACUUUGGAGGGCAUCUAUAAGAGUGAGAGUGAUGGGGCCGGUGGUAUUAUUGAGAAGGAAGAAGGCGAAGCUACUGCAGUUGGUGAGACCCUAGGCGUCCUCGACCUUCUGCCAGCUCGAGGGGCCGAGCUUCGCGACGAUGCGCUCUAUCAGCCUGCACUGCUCAUCAAGACCCUGGCACCGAAUGUGAGUCGAGAGAAGAUCGAGGAGUUUUGUAAGGAACAUCUCGGUGAAGGGGAUGGCGGUUUCAAGUGGCUCAGUCUAAGCGAUCCCAACCCCUCAAAGAAGUUCCAUCGUAUGGGAUGGAUCAUGCUUAAUCCAGCUGCUCAGGAACCUCCUCUCGUUGAAAGAGGUGAUGGUAGAGAGGAGGAAGGCGCGGAAGCUGAGGCGGAGACUGCUGCGAAUGGGUCUACGAACACGUCAACUGCUGAGAAGGCUCUUGAAGCUAUUAAUGACAAAACUAUCCAUGAUCCAGUUCAUGGAGACUUUGUGUGCCACGUGGGUGUGCAUGUGCCGCCAUCUCAACCACGGAAGAAGGCACUGUGGGAUCUUUUCUCUGCUCCAGAGCGUAUCGAGCGCGACCUUGAGCUCGCGCGACGUCUCGUGUCCAAACUAGAUUCCGAGCUUGGCGGGGGUGCUGACGCCUACACGAAGAUUGAAGAGCGAGUGGAGGAUCUCCGUGCCAAAGGGUGGCUGCAGCCUCCUGUCACCGGCCCUGUGAGUGUCAAGAAGAGAAAGAGCGAAUUCGGCUCAGAGGACGGCGCCGAUGAGGGAGAAGCUGAGGAAGGUGAAGAAAUGGAGGGAUAUGAUGACGAGGUGGAUGACGAGGAUCUCUUGGUCAAGAAGAAGAAAUUGGACCUGAUGGUCGAAUAUCUUCGUCGGGUGUAUAAUUUCUGCUUUUUCUGCGUGUUCGAGAGUGAUUCUGUCCACGAGCUGGUCCGCAAAUGCCCGGGUGGUCACCUGCGUCGCCCACGCUCUGGUCUGAGUACUCAGGCGAAACAAGUGGCGAAGGCCAGUGCCAUGGGACAGCCGUUCCCUCUAAAGAAGAAGGAACCCAGUGAGGAAGGCGAGGAGGGCGGUUCUCCGGGUGAGGAGAAGCGGCCGCAAAGAUUGUCGAAGGCGGAGCAGCAGUUGCAGCGCGCGUUCAACUGGGUUAAGACCUUUGAAGACAAACUUCUCCAAAUUUUGGAGCCCGAGAAUGCGGAUCUCCGGAAGCUCGGUGGAAAGCCAGUGGAUGAAGCUCUCGAGGAAGAAUUGGCCAAGUACGUGAAGCAGGAGGACGAGGCCAAAUUCCGCUGCAAGGUGCCAGAAUGCACCAAACUUUUCAAAGCGGAGCACUUCUGGCGCAAGCACGUUGAGAAGCGUCAUACUGAAUGGUUUGAAAACAUCAAAAACGAUCUCACCCUGGUCAAUGCUUAUGUGUUGGACCCCGCACACAUCGCACCGUCGCGGUCUGACGCUAACAGCAAUGGCCACUUCCCUGUCCCUUCGGGCCAUAUGCAAUCUGGGACCCCUCGUGGAUUCAACCUGGCGGCGAACCUUCCGUACUUCAACGCGAACGGCGCUAUGGCUGGGGGCUUCCAGGGUGUUCCCGCUGCUAAUUUCCCUGGCUUCAUGGGUGUCAACCAACCGGGCUGGGGCAACGGCCUUGUUUCCGGGGAUGCAUCCGGUCUCCAUCAACCGGGCGCGAUGCGCAGAGGGGGUGGCAGAUACGCUAACCGUUCCGGACCGUACGAUCGUCGCGGCAACCGCAAUAACAUGGGCAAUGGUCGUCUGAGUCCUGUCCGAGGCAUGUCGGGGAUGUUUGGGCCAGGGGGCCGUCUUCCGCCCAACGCUGCUGGAGCCCCGUAUGUGCCUCCAGGCCACCCGGCGGCCGGAUUCGUCGGUUCUGGAGGCUUCCCAGACGCGAUGGGUGCGGGAGGUGUCCAACAGGCUAUGGGCCCGCGCGAAGCGGUGCAAGGUCGCAGUUUGAAGAGCUACGAAGAUCUAGAUGCAGUGGGUGGAGCAGGAAGUGGCGAGCUGAACUACUGA